CAGCGCAGUGGGCGGGAUUUUACCUCAGAUCAGGGGAGAGAGUCUAGUCUUUGGUGAGACUGAGGGGGAGUUAUCGGGAGAAAGGGAUCUGGGGAGCUCUUCAGAGAACGGAAUCUGAACGCAUGGUGAUCUCCACCUCUGUGGGUGAUCGUCCGUCACCAUGAAAGACUAGGAACUCAGCUCUCCGAGGGAAAUGGCCUGUCUUGUAAUACCCCUGCCCUGCUACCCGGCCCAUGACUCCAGCUGCCUCUGAAGGGCCAGUCAGCUGCUUUAUGGGAACUACCACUGUGUUUGCACCCUUGAGGAUUUAAGCUUUUCCAGGAACACAUUUUCUUUUUUUUUUUACCCCCACCGUUGAGCCGAAGCAGAGAGUGGGGAGGCGGGCGAGACGAUGGCGAACAACUCGUACAGCGGGGUGAAGAACUCCAUGGUGGAGGCCAACCACGAUGGAGAGUUUGGCUGCACGCUCAAAGAACUGCGCUCCCUUAUGGAGCUGAGAGGAGCAGAGGCGCUAAGCAAAAUUGGGGAAUCUUAUGAGGACCUCCAAGGACUCUGCAGCCGGCUAAAAACGUCACCUAUAGAUGGUCUAAGUGGACAGCCUGCAGACAUCGAUAAGCGGAAAACAGUGUUUGGGCAGAAUUUUAUACCCCCCAAAAAACCCAAAACUUUCUUACAGUUAGUGUGGGAGGCGCUACAGGAUGUCACACUGAUUAUCCUAGAAGUGGCAGCCAUAGUUUCACUAGGCCUUUCUUUUUAUAGACCUCCAGAUGCCGAAAGAGAACACUGUGGGAGGGCAGCUGGCGGUGCGGAGGAUGAAAAUGAGUCAGAAGCGGGCUGGAUCGAGGGCGCCGCCAUUCUUCUGUCAGUUAUCUGCGUGGUGCUGGUGACGGCGUUCAACGACUGGAGUAAAGAGAAGCAGUUUAGGGGCCUCCAGAGUCGCAUUGAGCAGGAGCAGAAAUUUACUGUCGUCCGUGGAGGACAAGUCAUCCAAAUUCCUGUGGCUGAGAUUGUGGUGGGCGACAUUGCACAAGUAAAAUAUGGUGACCUUUUGCCUGCCGACGGAGUCCUCAUCCAAGGCAACGAUCUCAAGAUCGACGAGAGCUCACUCACAGGAGAGUCCGAUCACGUCAAGAAAACACAAGGAAAAGAUCCUAUGCUCUUAUCAGGCACCCAUGUAAUGGAAGGCUCAGGGAAAAUGGUGGUCACUGCUGUGGGUGUCAACUCUCAAACUGGAAUUAUCUUCACUUUACUCGGAAGCGAGGAGGAAGAGGAUGAUGAAGAGGAGAAGAAAAAGGAAAAGGAGGAGAAGAAGAAACAGAGAAAAAAUAAGAAGCAGGACGGAUCUGUGGAAAAUCGUAAGAAAGCUAAAGCACAGGACGGAGCUGCGAUGGAAAUGCAGCCUCUGAACAGCGACGAGGGAGGCGAUGCGGAGGAGAAGAAGAAAUCCAACCUGCCAAAGAAGGAGAAGUCUGUCCUCCAGGGCAAACUGACCAAACUAGCUGUUCAAAUCGGCAAAGCAGGGUUGGUCAUGUCAGCCAUCACUGUCAUCAUCCUGGUGGUGCUGUUUGUAGUCGACACCUUCUGGAUCCAAAAUCUGCCCUGGGUCAAGGACUGUACGCCCAUUUACAUCCAAUUCUUUGUCAAAUUCUUCAUCAUUGGUGUCACAGUCUUGGUGGUGGCUGUUCCUGAAGGCCUGCCGCUCGCUGUGACGAUCUCCCUGGCGUAUUCUGUAAAGAAAAUGAUGAAAGACAACAACUUAGUGCGACAUUUAGACGCCUGUGAGACCAUGGGCAACGCUACAGCCAUCUGCUCCGACAAAACCGGCACACUCACCAUGAACCGCAUGACUGUGGUGCAGGCCUUCCUUGCCGAGAAGCACUACAAGAAAGUCCCCGAACCGGAAAACAUCCCCUCCUCUAUUUUAGACAUCCUAAUUCUGGGCAUCGCCGUCAACUGCGCCUACACGACUAAGAUCAUGCCUCCAGAGAAAGAAGGCGGCCUGCCGCGACAAGUGGGUAACAAGACCGAAUGUGCCUUGCUCGGCUUUUCCAACGACCUGAAGCGGGACUACCAGGCUAUCCGCAAUGAAAUCCCUGAAGAGAAACUAUACAAAGUCUACACCUUUAACUCCACGCGGAAGUCUAUGAGCUCUGUGUUGAAGAUGGCUGACGGCAGCUACCGCAUGUUCAGCAAAGGGGCCUCAGAGAUCCUCCUCAAGAAGUGCUACAAAAUCCUAACAGCAAAUGGCGAGUCCAAGGUGUUCCGCCCACGUGACAGAGACGACAUGGUCAAGAAAGUGAUCGAGCCCAUGGCCUCAGAGGGUCUGAGGACCAUCUGCCUUGCAUACAGGGACUUCCCUGCCUCUGAGGGGGAGCCAGACUGGGACGUCGAGAAUGACAUCCUCAGUGGAUUGACCUGCCUCUGCGUGGUGGGCAUCGAGGACCCCGUGAGACCGGAGGUACCAGACGCCAUCAGGAAGUGCCAGCGUGCCGGCAUCACGGUGCGAAUGGUCACAGGUGACAACAUCAACACAGCACGAGCCAUCGCCACCAAGUGCGGCAUCCUGCUGCCCGGAGACGACUUCAUCUGCCUGGAAGGGAAAGAGUUCAACCGCAGGAUACGUAAUGAGAAAGGAGAGAUUGAACAAGAGCGCAUCGACAAAAUUUGGCCAAAACUACGAGUGCUGGCUCGCUCUUCCCCUACAGACAAACACACACUCGUGAAAGGUAUUAUUGACAGCACGGUGAUAGAGCAGAGGCAAGUAGUAGCAGUGACAGGAGAUGGUACUAAUGAUGGUCCUGCCUUGAAGAAAGCUGACGUCGGCUUUGCCAUGGGUAUCGCCGGCACAGACGUAGCCAAGGAAGCCUCCGACAUCAUCCUAACCGACGACAACUUCUCCAGCAUCGUCAAAGCCGUCAUGUGGGGACGCAACGUUUACGACAGCAUCUCCAAAUUCCUCCAGUUCCAGCUGACCGUCAACGUGGUGGCCGUUAUCGUGGCGUUCACAGGAGCCUGCAUCACACAGGACUCCCCUCUGAAAGCCGUACAGAUGUUAUGGGUCAACCUCAUCAUGGACACCUUUGCUUCCCUCGCCCUGGCCACAGAGCCCCCCACAGAAGCCCUGCUGCUGAGGAAGCCAUAUGGCCGCAACAAGCCGCUCAUCUCUCGCACCAUGAUGAAGAACAUCUUGGGCCAGGGAGUGUACCAGCUGAUCAUCAUCUUUACUCUGCUGUUUGCUGGAGAGAGAGUGUUUGACAUCGACAGCGGAAGGAACACACCCCUCCACGCCCCGCCAUCUGAGCACUACACCAUCGUCUUCAACACCUUUGUGUUGAUGCAGCUUUUCAACGAGAUCAACGCCCGCAAGAUCCACGGGGAAAGGAAUGUCUUUGAAGGCAUCUUCAACAACCUCAUCUUCUGUAGUAUCGUCUUUGGUACUUUUAUCAUCCAGAUCGUCAUCGUCCAGUUUGGAGGGAAGCCUUUCAGCUGCGUGGCGCUGACCAUCGACCAGUGGCUGUGGUGCACUUUCUUAGGAUUUGGCUCUCUGCUAUGGGGACAGGUAAUCUCCUCCAUACCCACCAGCCGCUUGAAAUUCCUGAAAACGGCAGGCCACGGCACACAGAAGGAGGAGAUCCCCGACGAGGAGCUGGAUGAGCUAGACGACAUGGAGGAGAUCGAUCACGCUGAACGGGAGCUUCGCCGCGGACAGAUCCUCUGGUUCCGAGGCCUCAAUCGCAUCCAGACUCAGAUCCGGGUGGUGAAUGCAUUCCGCAGCUCCAUCUCCCUCUAUGAGGGGCUGGAGAAGCCUGAGUCGCGAUCAUCCAUCCACAACUUCAUGACCCACCCUGAGUUCCGGAUAGAGGACUCCGAACCCCAUAUCCCCCUCAUAGACGACACUGACGCUGAGGACGACGCCCCCACCAAGCGCAACUCCGCCAGCCCCCGCAACGCCACACCCACGCCGCCUUCACCGACACCCUCGCCCACCGCCGUCCCCACCACGCCAGUCUCCCCCUCCCCAAACCAAAACAAUAACGCUGUGGAGAGCAGCAACCACCUCCUCCCAGAGGGCCCCAAAUCAGGAACCCCCUUGGCCCCGGGGAGCCCCCUACACAGCCUGGAGACCUCCCUCUGAUCUGACCCCCUUGACCUCCACACGAUGACGUCACCACCAACCUAUCUGCCCGCCACCAAGGAGCUCGACUCGGACGCAGCGAACGGAUAAACAGACGAACAGACGAACGAACACUCGGAGAGGAGAGAGGGAGGGGCCGGGAGGAGAGCGGGGUCCUGUGUGAGCUCGGCUCGGGCCGGACUAUGAGAACAGCAAACAUUCAGAGGAAUGUACGGCUUGGUGUGGAUGCUUUGGUCUUCUUUUAUUUUUUUGGUUCUUUAAAAAACCCCGCUGCGACACGAGGACUCUGUCUCCACCCCUCCCUCCUUUUUGUUUUUCUCGGUAAACAAGGGGUGAUAAUAAACUCAGAUUGAAAGUGACCUGUUUUUAUUAUUCUAUUGUUAUUAUUAUUAUUAUUAUUUUAAUUGAGAAGAGGAGGAGCUCCUCCUGGCUUGAAGAUCGUCUGUAAGAAUUCUGAACGAACCUUUUAGCUUCUCUUUUAUCUGAAUGGUGUUGUAUAUUUAUCUCUUUGGCCCUUUGCUCAUUCAAAACUUAUUUCUGCUCCAUUUGGCUGUUAAUAUUUUGAGUUAUUUAUGUUUUUGGAAAAAGCAGGUCUGUUUACAAAGUUUGUAGAUACUUUUUUUCUGUUUGUAGGCAAAGAGCUUCCUGAUGUAUGAUGCAGAAAACUGGGACAGAAUAAAAAAUGAAUGAGAGGAUUAUUUCAGAUACUGCUGUAUUUUCAGGAAAAAAGGGUGUUUCUAUUGAAACUUAACUAUUUUUGCCUGCAAGUUUUAUUUGUUAUAUAUUUGUAGAUAAAUGUAGAACCUUCUAGCCAAACCGAUAAACACUAAGGCUUGUAUAGAAAAGAGGUCCAGGGUCCGGGGUGCAGUGUUUUCACAGGAGUCAGGGGCGGGAAAGACGAUUCGGGCCUCUGUCCACUAACAUUGCUAUAAAUAUAUUUACUUCUUCCAUUUCUUCGAUAGUUUUCAUGUGCACAAAAACCUUCUGGAGUUCUGGAUGCUCUUUUCAUUCAUUAUGUUGUGUUCAAGGAUUUCCACAUGUUGAAAGGUUCACUCAUUAAAAGGGAGUUUAGAAAACACCGGGGCCCGUAUUUAGCAAGCAGCCCAGGAUGAAACGCAGAAUCAUGCUAACAGCUAGACCAGGAGACAAAAUCUUACCUCAGAGGCAACGUGAAGUCAUAAUGAUGUCGCUUUUAGCACACUGAAAUAGAAGCUCUACUUUUAGAUUUUUGAGGUUUGGUCCUUAUUUUAUAUAAGUCAAAUAUUUAGAUUGUAAACGUCUGGUUGGGAUUAGUUGACACAGGACAAAAUGACUUGGCUGGAAGCUAACAUUUGCACAUUAAGGCUCACAAUCAAUCUUUAUUUGUAUAGCACCGAAUCACAACAAACGCUAUCACAAGACGUUUUUACAAACAUAGGUCUAGACCGUACGCUAUGUUAAAUUAUUAACAAAGACCCAACAUCAAGACAGGAUAAAAUCCAGUCCCCUCUUACUGACAGGACUCAGUCUUAUCUCACCUUAAUCCACCAUGAGCAUUGCACCUCGCAGUACACUCACAAACACUUAAAGCUCCUGUGAGGAGUUUUUAUCUGCUCACGAAACAGACUGAAAUUAAUAUUGAUGCUUUUUCUAUAACCUAGAAAAGCAAACAAGACUGUCGGUGAUAAGCUAGAUUAUAGCUAUAUAGUUAUUUAUUAUGUCUAAAAGCACUGGUGGGGGGUAGGUGACAGUUGAGUUUAUGAACAGUUUGCUAUCAAAACAGCCUUUUUUUGGCGGAUAUUUCACACGGGUGAUGCUUGUUUAAAAAAAACAGGGUGUGAUUUUUUUUUUGUUAAGAUAUAAGAGGUACUGCUUUUUUUCCACAGGGGGCGCCAAAAUCAACAGGAACUAAAAAAUCUUCACAGGAGCUUUAAAUAUCCAAACAUUUCCCCACUUUCUUACCACACAACCUGGCCAUUAGUUGUGAGCUGUGCUAUAAUUUUGCAAUAAGAAGUUCGUAAAGACAAAACAUGAAUGUGCCUUGGCUACAAUAACUAUUUAGCUAGCGCCACCUGCAGGUAACUGUCACUCUCCAGCUUCAAAGCCUCACACUGAUCAUCCUGAUGGUUUCUCUCUGGAUGCUUGUUAGAUACUGACCCUGGUUAUCAUUUGUAAAAUAAAACUUUGGUGCAUUUUCAUCAUCAAAACGUCAGCCCCCCUGCCAAUGUACAAUAUUGACAUUUGUUUACUCAGGCAUAGAAAAGUAUUUAAUUUAAAAGGAAUCUAUAGCGGACGAACCUUUUAACUACAGACUUUGUGUAUUUAGAUAGAAAACAUAGUCUUGGUUGAAAAAACAAGUGAAUUAUUUUCAUAUUUCAUUCAAUCUUUGAGAUCACGCCUUAGGAAAUCUUAAUUUACCUUCUCUGAUUUCUCGUCGGAGGAGGGAAACAAAUAUUUUUCUUUGCCCUGUUGUCAGACUCCUUUCACCAUGAAUAAAUGUUGCUGCAUUUGAUUUGUUUGUAAGAUAUUUUUGACACCUGAUGUACUGGAAACGCUAAAGAAUUGGACAUGUGCAUUUUUCAAGAAUAAAGGCUAGGCAUACACUGGUA